AUAAACUGAAAUUGGGAAAUCUUUUAAAGGCAGAAGUUAUUCGUCAUGGAAAUUGCUCAUUUCAAGCACAAAUUAGAUGCGGAAAGUAUCGAAGAAAGCAUCAAGCCCAUUCUAAGGCAGUUGAGACCAGAUUGGAACAUCAACGAAGUCAAAUUCAAACAGUUCAAUGAUGGAAUCAGUAACAUGCUCGUGGGCUGCAAUAUGCCGAGUCUUGCUCCCGGCGAGAUGAUCCUUUUCCGAUUGUUCGGGAAUAAAACCGAGCUUUUUAUAGAUCGGGAAAAAGAGCUGGAAACCUUUCAGAUUUUGCACUCUAAGGGCUACGGACCCCCUGUCUACGGGACUUUGGAGAAUGGUCUGUCGUACGGAUUUUUGGAGGGGGAUGUUCUCGACACCGAUAUGAUAGCGGACCCGCAUAUAUCUUCACUAUGUGCUCGUCACGCGGCUCAGUUACACGCAAUCAAAAUUGAUCACGAGAAUUCCAAACAUAGAGCAGAACCAAUGCUUUUCAAUGGAAUGAUGAAAUACUUGAAUCUUCUUCCCGAAAAGUUUGAAGACCCGGAGAAAAAUGAAAGGUUUGAACAGCAAGCUCCCAGCAAAGCUAAGUUAAAGGAGGAGAUUGAAAGCCUCAAGAGUGUUUUACUAAAACACAAAUGUCCUGUGGUGUUCUGUCAUAAUGACAUGCUCUGUAAAAAUUUACUUUACAAUAAAGAUAAAGGUGGGUCAGUAUUAAACUUUUGGAUUUUUUACGAAUAUUCAAGUAUGGAGAACAUGCAUACUGAUGUUGGUGUAAAGGGUUAAUGAAAGCUCUGACAUUGUAAUUUUUUUUUAUCUUCACAAGGAGUGGAUGAGGUUGAUUACAAUUUAUAUCCCAAAAGAGAACAUCAGUUAAAAUGGAUUGCUGUUUAUCUUGAAGAAGCUGCAAGAUUAAGAGGUGAGACAAAUCCUAAAAUUUCUGAUGCAGAAAUAGAAAAGCUGUAUGUGCAAGCCAAUCACUUUGCCCUGGCAGCUCAUUUCUAUUGGUCAUUGUGGGCCUUGGUGCAAGCACACUUCUCAGCUAUUGACUUUGAUUUCUUAGGGUAUGGAAUAACUCGUUUUAAUGAGUAUUUCAGAAGAAAAGAGGAGUUCUUGGCAUUGUCUUAUGAUUAGUGACCAAGAUGAAGAAAUUUCUUUAGAUAAAGUAGCAAUAUUGUUAGUAAAUUAGUUUAAUUGUAGGAAGCACAGCUUUUAAGGCUGUGUUGUAUUAGUGGUCAAUCCUUGGCUGUAAGAAAAAUCCUUGUAAUAAGCAUGAAUUUAUCAUAAAUGGUUUAGUACUAUCUUACAAUCUGAGCAACAUUUGAUCAAAGAUUCUGAUUCUUAUCAUCUCAAGGGAAUAAGACAUACAUAUUUAUAAGUAAUACACUACAAAAUAAAAGUGGAUAUUUUUUUAUUAUCAGGUAACAUCUGCACCAAACCAGGAUAACUAAUAAUUAUAGGCAUUUCCUGAGUAACAACUGUGUUAAGUUGAUACCAAGCAGUUUUAUUUUCAUGUGCUGGUCACAACAUAAAAUAAUUAUCAAACGUUUUUGUUGUAUAAAUUAGGGGUAUGAUUAUAGUAGUACUUUGUCAGGAAGAGGAAGAAGUGGAUCAAAUCUAAGAUAAAACUUGUCCGUGAAAGCUUAGAUCUGUGGUACUAAUACAGUCUGAAUAAAAAAAAUUAUAAACUCAAA